AAGAUUAAACGCAGUGAAAAAUAGUGAUGGCGAUAGGUUUUCGUUUGUUUAUAAAGAAAAAUCUUUAAUUUCUCUUCCGUUCUCAAUGUGUUUCUGACGAAACGUAAUACCAGAUUGUAGAUUGACCUGUGUUUCUUGCUUUUGAUUAAAAUAUUUCUUGGAUUGGCUUCACUUCGCUGUGAAAUUGGUGAUUGUUACUCAGGAGCGCCUGCCAAUUGGAAACUCGGAAGGCAUUUAAAAUUUCACUUGACUGAAACGAGCGGAAUUUUAUAUUGACAAACAACGAAACUGAAAAUGGAAACAACACACCGCCGUAUUCGCUUACAACGGUCUUGGUGUGGCGCACUUGAUGGAAUUCUGGAAUAACACAACGACCACGCAACAGUGCAAACAGUGAGUGAAUAUUUAUCGAAGAAGCAACAAGCUUCUGUCAGCGUCCGUAGCUACGACGACCCAACAAUGGGAUCACGAAACCGAGUGCCUUCGCAACAAAUUCGCGACGAUUUUCUGCUCGAGACGAACUUCGAUGAUGACGGAACACUAACCCGGGCCUAUAACACCUUGAACAAUCAGAAUGGUCCCCACGGGAAUCGAGAAGCCGGACAAUAUCCACAGCCGCAGCAGCACAGUAUCAGUCGGAGGAGCCUCGCUUAUCGGUCUAACUUAUCGGUGGAUCGGUACUCUGAUAACACAAUACACGGCCGCAGGUCGAAAGGAGACUGCUGCCGAUCAUGUAUGACCCGAAUACCGUACGCCACGCUGAUCGCAACGGUCAUGUGCCUUAUUGGCGUGGGCAUCUUCUGUGGUACUAUGUACCGCGGUACCUCGCUGGCAAUUAUCAUGCUUGAUCAGGUCUUUCAUCUGCGACUUGUGUGGAUUGAAGCAGUUCAAAUGAUCUUUGUCGUGAUUGGCGCAUCGAUGGGUGCCCUCGGACUAAUGAUACUGUUCGUCGGAUUCCUCGCUACCGGAGCAACUCGGUAUAAAGUCUACCGAGCUUGGGGCUCCCGGGUUGGGGGACGUAUCUCGUGUGCAGUGUUCAUGGGAAUUACGUACGCGCUGAAAAUUGUGUGGAUUUUAAUUUUCUGCUUUCUGGGAAUUGUAACAUUCGUAUUCACCGUGUUCUGGAACAUGUGCGAGAAUCCGAAUGUGCAAUCACACCGUAACUGUAUUGAUUUGACCCAGUUCUACUUUAUGUUCCCAGCUGGAGUGAAGCAAGAAGAUAUGAACAUUUGCGAACAGAGCAAGGUGAAGGCUUUCUGCAAGGACGGCGUCGAAAAGUGUGAAAUCAUGUUCAUCUUGGCAACGGUUAGCUGUAUGCUGAUCAUUCUUAGCUUGGUGCACUAUUUGAUGUGUUUGGCUGCAAAUUACGCCCACAUUCGAGACCACGAAAAGUUCCAGGAGCUGCAGGAGAUCCAGAACCUAACCGAGAUGGAGUAUACGGCUUCGUCGAAGGAUCGGUUUUAGGAUACAGCCCAGGAGAUUUAUAUUGAGCACUGCACCUGAUGAUGAUCGGCAGCUGGUGUUGCUCUACGAGCAGCUUAUGUUUAAGUUUAAUUAGUACACGAUCCGGUAGGUGUAUAGUUCUCUAAGAGCUUUUGUUUGUCAUAAUUUACGCAGCGUUUCCAAAUUUAGUUGUUUUGACUAUUGUUUCUCAGUUUAAGUUAGAGAUUGUAUUCUUACUUACCGGUAUAUGCUUGUCCGUCCAAUUUAUGUCAUUCCAUUACCCACUUCGUUCAUGUCUACUCUGCUCAAUAUAAGUACUCCUGGAUACAAUUAACGUGUUAAUAAUCAUCACCCUGUAAUGUAUUACAUUAAACUUAAAUGAACAAUUUAAGAGCAUAAAAAAUAAGCCAGGCACAAAAAUGCUAGAAAAAUAAGGCUGACAAUAAACCGAAUAUUUAGCCGUAGCCGAUUUAAGAGCAUAAAUAUGAGAAUGGCAAAAGGAUAAGCCAAGCGAAGAAGCGCAACAAAUGCUAUAAUUGGAAAAUAAGGCUGACAAUAAAACUGGCCGUAACCGAUCAUCACAAUGGGUAAAUUCCAGUAUCAGCACAAACGGCCCUAGAGAAAAGAAAACUUUUGAACCGCAUACGAUGUUAGUUAAUAGUAAGCUAGAAUGGAUUCAAAAUACAUCAGCAUUUUUUUGUACUAAACAUAUCUCCAUACAAACGAAAAAAAAAUCGAAUGGCAUCAUCAAAAAGCAGAUAGCAGCUCUAGGAAUUAUUAUUCUUUGAGUGAUUCGUAUUAUCAAGAUAAUUCGACAAUUUCUUGGUCUGGAACAUUCAUCUGUCUUCUCAUGACAAUUUCUCUAGAGUUUUAAAAUGCGCUAGAUUAUUUCUUCGGAACGAAUAUAGCAGUACGAUCAGAAGCAGUAUUAAUUUUAGUUGAAAGGCGAAACUCUCGUAACCAACAGUUGUGUGAAAGCUACUUUAAGAUGCUUAUGGUAUUUUCAAGUCAAGAUGAAUUAUCAAUAAAAAAAAUUAAUUGUAGCCGCAGUUCAACCCACCUGACAAGUCAUUCAGUCUAAUUCUGUAUUAGUGAGUAGCUAUACAAAUCACAAAAGCGUUCCGCCAUAAUGCAGAAAAGACUGUUUGUCUAAAUUAACAAAAAUUGGUCCAUAUAUCAUAGGCCAAGCGCAAAAUUGAUCUUUCGAAAAACAGAAGAAAUAAUUCCGAGCAGCUACUAUACAAGAACACAAUCCAUGCAUGCAAUAGUAAGAGUGAAAUAAACUACCAAGUUGCCCAACCUUAAACACCGUGUGAUAUCGUAGAAACAAUGAGAGAUAGUCAGAAAAGUUCAUAUUUAGUUCACAUUACACAAGAACAGUAGAACAGAAGCUAUUUAUAUAGAGCGCCCCAUCCGCAAAACAUCCUAACCCAGGCAUUUUCGACAACAUUACAAUACUAUUCCUCUAAAUAGAGCGACUCAUUAAGUUCCACUAGGAAUCGAUCUUUUCCAGUCGGUCUAAGGCGAAUGCCAAAAGCACAUUGAAAAUGUUUCUUAACUCGUACUAUUUAACAUUAUCUGUGCAUAUUUACAGCUUUGAUUCAGACGUCACUAUAUACUAACAUUCCUAGGCUUUAAUAUAAAUAUGUACAAUCUAAUACAAAACAUCUCACAAUCAUAUACGUCAUUGUCUAUAAUUGCAUAUAUCAUCAAAACAAUCGAUCCAAUAAUUUUCAUUGAUAAACGUAGUUUACAAACAUCCCACUCAAGUAUUUCAACAGUAUUUGUUACACCUUAACCGUCAUAUCUUUCCAUAGGCGAUCAUUACCAUGUUAUUCUAUUAUUCCAUGUGUGACCGCUUGAUUAACCAAUUAUCGCGCUUGUCAACUGAAACUAUUUUUCCAAUGUCCAUUAGAUGUGAAAAUGCUUUAAUGUUUUUCUCUCGCAUCUGCCAACACUUUACGAACUACAAGUUCAUCGCUUCAUAAAUGCAUUUUUCAUUUCUGUUUUUUUUUGUUCACAUUUGUUCAUACUACUAUUAUCAACUUUGUGGAAAAUGUAGACACUUUAUAAAAAAAUAACGUAAAACUGUUGUAAAAUAAGAUAAAAUAAAGUUUAUUUUUAGGAUAGUAUUCGUCCAUAUACCGGAAAAAUUUGAAUAAAAGACAUUUUAGAGACUGAA